AGUAGUACCAGUGUCCGCUGCCUGGUCCCUCCCCACAGGACCCCUCCUGGACCCCCAGCCAUGAACAAGCAGCCCAGUAAAGAGAGUCUGAAGGACAAGGUAAAGGGGAUAUUUGGUUUGGGAACCCCUCGACCCCCCAGCAAGCAGACCGAGAGCAAGCCCUCAGAGUUCAUCAUCACACUAGAUAUACUCAAGGACCUGCACCCUGACUGUGGCCUUAGCAACAGAAUCCGGGUUGCUAACCAUGUCUGUGACCUGGCCAAGGCCAAGAAGUUUGAGGAGCAUGCAGUGGAAGCCGUAUGGAAGGCGGUGGAGGACAUGCUGACUCCAGAACAACCACCUGAAGCUAGACAUGCUGUCCUGCUGCUCCUCAGAGCUAUCAUACAGGGACAGGGUGAGCGUCUGGGUCCUCUGCGGGCCUUCUUCUUCAAGGUGAUCAGAGACUACCAGCCAUCCAAUGAGGACCUGUCUGACAGGCUGGAGGUGUUCAAGGCCCUGACGGAGAACGGGAAGGACAUCACUUACCUGGAGGACGACAUAGCUGGGUUUGUCCUGCUGUGGAUGGACAUUGGUCUGACCGCUGACUUCCUCCACGUCCUGGUCAACCUGGUCAAGUUCAACAGCUGCUACCUCGACCAGAACGUAUCCGUCAUGGUCCAGAAGAUCUGUCUGCUGUGUAACCGGACAACAGCCUCUACAGACAUUGAGGUGGCUCUCCAGGUGCUGGAUGCGGUGGUGUGUUAUAACUGCCUCCCCUCUGACUCCCUCACCGUCUUCAUCAUCACUCUCUGUCGCACCGUCAACGUCAAGGAGUUCUGUGAGUCCUGCUGGAAGUUGAUGAGGAAGGUGUUGGGGACUCAUCUGGGCCAUAGUGCCAUAUACACCAUGUGCCGUAUCAUGGAGGAGAGGGCGUAUAUGGAGGAUUCUCCGUUGCUGAGGGGAGCAGUGUUCUUCGUAGGGAUGGCUCUAUGGGGGGCGCACCGUCUCCCAGCCUUAAAGAACACCCCUACCCUGGUCCUCCCAUCAUUCUAUAAGGCGAUGUGGUGUGCCAACGAGAUGGUGUCGUAUGAGAUCGUUCUGUCCAUCACCAGACUGAUAAAGAAGUACGGAAAGGAGCUCCAGGUGGUCACAUGGGACAUACUGCUGGGGAUCAUAGAGAAGUUACUACAGCAGAUUCAGUCGAUAGGCAGUGCAGAGCUGAAGUCCAUAGUGUAUGAGUUGCUGACUACAGUGGAGGAGCUCUAUGAGCAGAACGGCUUCCAUGGAUCAUCUGACAAGUUCUUCAGUCUGGUGGAGAAGUGUGCUGACAAAAGACCUGAUGCGUCGGUGCUGACUCUGAUAUCGUACCGGGCCCAGUCCAUCCAGCCAGCUAAAGACGGGUGGAUCCAGAGCCUACACCGCCUUAUGGAGAAGUUCUUCAGGAAUGAGAGUCGUAGUGUGAUCAGGAUCAAAGUGCUUCACAUCCUCUCCUUUGUCCUCAGCACCAACCGCCAGCUCUACGAGGAGGAGUUGAUCGAGGUGGUGGUGGUUCCUCAGCUCAGUGGGAUAGCAGAGGACAGAGACCUGGCUGUGAGGAGACAGGCUACCCAGCUACUGGUGGACCUGGCUGAGAGCUGUAGUACACACCACUUCACCAGCCUCCUGGACAUCAUCCAGAGGGUGGCGAGUCGUUCGCUGGUGUGCCCAGGGCCCCUGGAGGUGUCGGAGAGAGACCCCACGGCAGAAUCCCCCAUGGAGGAUGUCAGGACCGCUAUACAAGGCCUACUGGAGAUACUGCAGAGUAAGCUGUACAGCCUGCCAGCCAGCCACGCUAGUCGAGUGUACGAGCUGCUGAUCGGACACCUGCAGCUUCACUACAAGAACAAGUACAGCUCCGCUGUGGCCUGCAGCAUACGACUACAGGUGUUUGACUUCCUCCUGAUGAUGAGAACGGACUCCCUCCAUCGUCUGGGGUUCCUCAGUAAAGACGGGGUACUGAGGUUCAGUCCGUACUGCCACUGUGACAUGGGGGAGCCAGAGAAACGAGGGAGUGAGAAGAAGCCUGCAGGCUCAGUGUCUCCCCCUGCUGGCAGUCCUGCCCCUUCCUCCACCACUACUCCCUCCUCCUCCUCCUCCAUCCGUACAGCCUGCCUGCCCUACUCACCUGCCUUUAAUGUGCUGCUACAGUGCCUGAAGAUGGAGACAGACUGGAAGGUGUUGAAGCUGGUUCUAGACAAGAUGCCCUGGACCCUACAGUAUAAAGUCCUGCUGCUGUCCUCUCCCUGCAGCAUAGACCAGCUCUGUUCUACACUCUGUUCUAUGGUGACAGACCGUCUUAUCUCAGAGCGUCUGAAGAAGACUCCAGAUGGUUUCAGUCGUACUGAUGUCCAGCUGGCUGUAGUACCUGUUCUCACUGCUAUCACAUCAUACCACAACUACCUAGAACAGGCCAGACAGAGGGAGUUGGUCCAGUGUCUGGAGGCAGGGCUGAUAUACCGUUGUGCCAAGCAGUGUGUGGUUGCCCUGACAAUGUGCACCGUGGAGAUGCCUGACAUCAUGAUUAAACUCCUCCCCGCCCUCAUCGUCAAGCUGACGCACAUCUCGGCAACCGUCGCCAUGGCGUCGCCCAUGCUGGAAUUCCUGUCCACUCUGGUGCGGCUGCCACAUCUCUAUGCUUACUUUGUAGCAGAGCAGUACGUCAGUGUGUUUGCCAUCUCCCUGCCCUACACCAACCCCUCCAAGUUUAACCAGUACAUUGUGUCGUUGGCUCACCAUGUCAUCUCCAUGUGGUUUAUCCGCUGCAGACUCACCUUCAGAAAGGACUUUGUGCAGUACAUCACCAAGGGUCUGCGCUCUAAUGCUCUGAUGCCGUUUGAUGACAGCCAGGACACUCAGAGCAGCUUCCGUGCUCGCAGCACCAGCCUCAAUGAGAGGCCCAAGAGUCUACGGGCAGCCAAAAUGGCGAAGGCCCACCAGCAGCAGCAGCAGCAGCAGGCGUCAAUGGCAGCGGGCGUAGCGGCGAGUACCGGCUCUCCCGUUAAAGAGCUGAGAGAUCUGUCGGCCAUGGACGCCUUCCGCUCCCGAAGCAUCAGCGUCUCCGAGCACGCGGUGCGCAGGAUGCACACCUCCAGCACCACGUGUAGUCUGGGUUCUUCUGAUGAGAACACCGUGAGCCAGGCAGACGAUGGGUUAAAGACUGUCCACCUGGAGUUAACUGAGACCUGUCUGGACAUGAUGGCGAGAUACGUCUUCUCCAACUUCUCAGCUCUGCCCAAGAGGUCUCCUAUAGCAGAGUUCCUUCUGGCGGGGGGUCGCAGUAUGACCUGGCUGGUGGGUAACAAGCUGAUCACCAUAACGACCAGCGGUGGGGUCAGGAGCCAGGCCCUACUGGGAAUGGACAUGGCUGAGAGGCUGGGAGGAGGGGGAGAGAUGACCAGGUCAGACCCCUCCCUUCACACCCGUCAGACCAAAGAGGCUCCGGCCAAACUGGAGUCCCAGUCCAGUCAACAGCUCAACAGAGCCUCACGCAUCAGAGUACGAUCCAUGUCAGGUGGCCAUGCUCUCCGUGCAGGUCCAGCCCAGAGCCUCAGCCCCCUGGUCUCACCCUCUGAGGGGGGAGAGCUGUGUGGUGUCCCCCUCUCUCCCCCCUCCUCCUCCUCCGGCCCCUGUCUGGAUGGCCUGGGGCCCCCCUCUCCCUCCCCCUGUGCCCCCCCUAAGGACCCCCUCAAAGACAAGCCCAGCCUGGCAGAGUUCCUGCCCGUUCUGACCCAGGGAUGGGCUGAGAUCUUCAUACGCAGACCCUCAGGUAACACCAGCUGGUUGAUGUGUUUGGAGAACCCUCCCAGUCCCUUCUCCUCUGAGCUGGGUAACAUGCCUCUCCAGGAGCUGUCCUCUGUCCUCAUGGCCAUGGAGGGGGUCAAGGAGCCCCCCGCCCAGACCGCCAGCGCCCCCGCCAGCACAGCCACCCCUGCCCCGACCCCUGUAGCCCUUAACCCCCCUGGACCCAUCCAAGGGGGCAAGCCUGGACUCAUCCAGCGCUCUAACACAGUGGGCUCUCUCUCCUCUCUGGGUCUGUCCUUCGCCCCGUCCCCAGUUCCGGGACGGCUCCAACGGAGCAUUUCCUGGGCAGACUCUGUGUUAGUGCUAGAGGAGCGGACAGGGGUCAGGGGCCACGUAGACUACCCCUCUGAUUGGCCAGAGGCGGAGAAGUUUGAGGCCAUGCCCUCUGAACCCAUCUACAUCGCUGCUGACAAGUUCACCAAGGCCCUGCCCCCUAGAACACUCAGCAGGUCCUCCUCCAGUUCCAGCCAGGACGAUGAGAAGUCCACCCUGGAGGAGGUGAGUGAGGGGUUCAUCCCCAUCGACCAGCCCCCCCUGGCCCCCUCCACCCCGGGCAGCCAAGGCCCAGAGCUCCCUUUCCAGACCCAGGACCAGCCUGGGACACAGACCCUAAACAAGUCCAGCUCCUCCCCUGAGCUCCAGACCCUACCAGAGGCCUUCCCCAAGACCACAACAGGACCUGGGGCUGGAGUAGGAGAGGCACCCAGGGUUAGGUCACCCUCGGAGGGGAAGAGCCAGCCACAACAGCCCCCGGCGGAGAAAGAGAUAGAGAAGAUGGAGAGUGGAGGAGGAGGGGUGAACAGACAGAAUCAGAGUGGGGAUUCCACCCCAGUGACAGGGGCGUUGUCUGGGGCAUCGGGAGGAGGAGGAGGAGGAGUGAACAGACAGAAUCAGAGUGGGGAUUCCACCCCAGUGACAGGGGUGUUGUCUGGGGCAUCGGGAGGAGGAGGAGGAGGGGUGAACAGACAGAAUCAGAGUGGGGGUUCCACCCCAGUGACAGGGGCGUUGUCUGGGGCAUCGGGAGGAGGAGGAGGAGGGGUGAACAGACAGAAUCAGAGUGGGGGUUCCACCCCAGUGACAGGGGUGUUGUCUGGGGCAUCGGGAGGAGGAGGAGGAGGUUCCUCUUCCUCCCAGGGAGCCAGGAUGAGGUUGGAGUUCCCAGCGCCCCACCAGCCUGGGCCCCUCUCCCCCAGCGGAGGGCACCGUCCCAGGGGUCACACCAUCUCCGUGUCGGCCCCCUCCUCCAGGAGAGAGAGGAUAGGAGGAGACGCGUACCACACCACCCGGCCCGGACCCACCAGCACUGAGAAGACCAGUGGACUCAGUCCCAGUUUUGUGUUCCUUCAGCUCUACCACUCUCCCUUCUUUGGCAAUGAGGCCAACAAGCCUCUCCUGCUGCCCAAGUCUCAGCUGAUCGACAGAGCGGUGAAGGUUUUGGACCAGAUGCCUCCGUAUGAUACCCAUAAGAUUGGAGUGGUGUUUGUAGGAGCUGGACAGGUAUUCAACGAGGUGUCCAUCCUGUCCAAUGAGUAUGGUUCUAACCGCUACGCUGGCUUCCUGACAGGCCUGGGGAAGCUGAUCCACCUGAAGGACUGUGAUCCAGACCAGAUCUUCCUGGGGGGUCUAGACCAGUAUGGAGAUGACGGGGAGUUUACCUACUGCUGGCACGAUGACAUCAUGCAGGCCAUCUUCCACAUAGCCACCCUGAUGCCUAACAGAGACAGUGAUAAGGGCUGCUGUAACAAGAAGAGACACAUCGGAAACGACUUUGUUAUGGUGGUUUACAACGACUCAGGAGAGGAGUACAAACUGGGGACCAUCAAGGGUCAGUUUAACUUUGUUGAGGUGAUCAUUAAGCCUCUGGACUAUGGAAGUAACCUGGUCACCCUGCAGUGCAAGAAAGACCUGGAGGGUCUAGUUGAUACCAGUGUAGUGAAGAUAGUCUCAGACCAGAACCUUCCAUUGCUGGUACGACAGAUGGCCCUACACGCUAACAUGGCAUCUCUGGUCCACCAGUACAGAGCAAACCCUUCUGAUGCUUACGCCUCCAAGUGGCUGGCCAGACUACGACACAUCAAGAGACUCAGGACAAGGGCCCAGGAGGAGAUCCAGUCUCGUCCCACCCCUGGUAUCUCUCUGACCCAGAGCCACUCCUCCCAGACCAAACAGUCCUCCUACCAGCAGGUCGGCGGUGGAGGCUCCAACACGGACUCCUCCGGACAGAGGAAGAGACUGGUCUCCACCGUGGACGACUUCACCGACUUCGUCUGAGCCUUGAGGACGCGUGCCCAAUGUCUAUACUAGUAUACUACUUCGGGUCAAAUGGCACCCUACUCCCUAUAUAGUGUGCUACUGUUGACCAGAGUCAUAUGGACCAUGGUCAACAGUAGUGCACUAUAUAGGGAAUAGGGAGCCAUUUCACACACAGUAUGCAUCUCCAAUACAUUGGUUUCAUGCUAUGUAGUAUGCUAGUAUGGAUAUUGUAACGGAGUGAUAUUUCUGAUACUGUUUCUGGUACCCCUGCUCAAGGCAGACGUUGCCUCCCUCACCACAGAUCUAGGAUCAGGUUAUCCGAGUGGUUCUAAUGUCGACUAGCAGGAGGAUAAUAGAAUACCUGAUCCUAGAUCUGUGUUUAGUCAGGGACAACAUUGACCUGCUUUCGCUCUUUCUCUCUCACACACACACCUGUUGAAUAACUUCCUGCUUUCUACCGAUAUGAUUUGACGAUUCUCUCCCAAGUAUUUGUCUUGACGGCACAAGCUGAUGUGGCUUUUAAUCCACCUGCUGCCAUGAACUAGUUGUGAUGGAGAUGACAGGUACAGAAGGUGCUGCCUAACUAACGCUGCGUCCCUAUUGUCUUUAAUACACUGUGUCUGACCAGGGCACGUGGGCUCUGUCUAAAGUAGUGCACUAU